AUGGCGAACGAUCGGUUGUGGUCGUCGAAGCUAUCAUCAAAAGCAAAACACACGAAUCUCUACCGUUUAAUUCUAAUCGCAAUCCUCUGCGCCGCCGCAUACCUCGCCGGAACAUGGAAAAACGCCAGUGGAGCAACCUCGCGCGCCUCCGUACAUCGUAUCACUUCCGUGCCUUGCACGUUUCCUCACAAAACCACACCCGUCCUCGAAUUUGCUUCUCGUCACACAUCCCCCGACCCACCUCCGUCGCCCACGACGGCGCGUGAGGCUCAAAUCCCAUCUUGCGGCGUGGACUUCUCGGAGUAUACACCGUGUGAGUUCGUGAACCGGUCUUUAAGUUUCCCAAGAGAGAGAUUGAUAUACAGAGAGAGACACUGUCCUGAACAGGAGGUGAUACUCCGAUGCCGGAUUCCAGCUCCGUACGGUUACAUGAUACCUUUCCGGUGGCCGGAAAGCCGUGACGUGGCGUGGUUUGCUAACGUGCCGCAUACGGAAUUAACGGUGGAGAAGAAGAAUCAGAAUUGGGUGAGAUACGAGAAGGAUAGGUUUUUGUUUCCUGGUGGUGGUACGAUGUUUCCACGUGGAGCUGAUGCUUACAUUGACGACAUCGGACGGUUGAUAAAUCUCAGAGAUGGAUCAAUUCGGACAGCCAUUGAUACUGGAUGUGGGGUAGCGAGCUUUGGGGCGUAUCUAAUGUCGAGGAACAUAGUAACAAUGUCAUUUGCACCAAGAGACACACAUGAAGCUCAGGUCCAGUUCGCUCUCGAGAGAGGAGUCCCUGCGAUUCUCGGAGUCUUAGCCUCUAUUAGGCUCCCAUUUCCGGCUCGAGCCUUCGACAUUGCUCAUUGCUCUCGAUGUCUCAUCCCUUGGGGCCAAUACAACGGGACGUAUCUGAUAGAGGUGGAUAGGGUACUUAGACCGGGUGGAUAUUGGAUUCUGUCUGGACCGCCGAUUAACUGGCAGAGACAUUGGAAGGGUUGGGAGAGAACCAGAGACGAUCUCAGCUCUGAGCAGUCUCAGAUCGAGAAGGUCGCUAGGAGCUUGUGUUGGAAGAAGUUGGUGCAGAGAGAGGAUCUUGCGAUUUGGAAAAAACCCACCAACCAUAUUCAUUGUAAGCGCAAUCGGAUAGCUCUAAGACGCCCUCCGUUCUGCCACCGGACACAACCUGACCAGGCCUGGUACACUAAGCUUGAGACCUGUUUGACGCCGUUGCCGGAAGUAGCAGGAUCUGAGAUCAAAGAAGUAGCGGGUGGGAAGUUGGCGAGAUGGCCUGAGAGAUUGAACGCUAUUCCUCCGAGGAUCAAGAGUGGAAGCUUGGAAGGGAUCACUGAGGAUGACUUUGUCAGCAACACAGAGACAUGGCAGAGAAGAGUGUCUUACUACAAGACUUUUGACCAGCAGCUUGCGGAGACCGGAAGAUACAGAAACUUACUCGACAUGAACGCUCAUCUUGGGGGUUUCGCUUCAGCCUUAGCCGAUGAUCCUGUCUGGGUCAUGAACGUUGUCCCCGUGGAGGCCAGUAUUAACACCCUUGGAGUGAUUUACGAGCGAGGGUUGAUCGGAACAUAUCAAAACUGGUGUGAAGCGAUGUCAACUUACCCAAGGACGUACGAUUUCAUCCAUGCCGACUCAGUGUUCAGUCUGUACAAAGACAGAUGUGACAUGGAAGAUAUCUUGUUAGAAAUGGACAGGAUUCUAAGACCAAAGGGAAGCGUGAUCAUCAGAGACGACAUUGAUGUGUUAACCAAAGUGAAGAAGAUAACAGACGCGAUGCAAUGGGAAGGGAGAAUAGGAGAUCACGAGAACGGACCUCUUGAAAGGGAGAAGAUUUUGUUUCUUGUGAAGGAGUACUGGACCGCGCCUGCGCUUGAUCAGACAAACUGGGAAUAA